ACUCGGAGUAAGAAAGAAAAAUGGCGAGGAAUAUGAACCGUCUUCUCUAAGAGGGUUUUUGCAAAGUGUUGACCGCUACCUCCGUAAAAAGGGAUGCACAUUUUCCCUUUUGAACGACAAAGAAUUCUGUGAGGCUCAAGAUAUCCUGAAAAAGAAGCAGAAACAACUUAAGGCCAUAUAGGAAAGGGAAACAAGCCCAAUAGUGCCGAUGCACUAACAGAUGAAGAAAUAGAGGAAUUCUACCGAGCAGGAGUGCUCGGAAAUAAAACACCUCGAGCACUUCUGAAUACAGUUUGGACGAACAAUUGUAUCUAUUUCGGCAUGACGCCUAGAAAAGAGCAACGAGAUCGCUGCUGGGGAGAUUUGGAGCUGAAAACUAAUGCUGACGGGCUUCGUUAUGUAAAGUUUUCGGCACCGAGCGCCAAACAAAAACGAGAACUGGUGAAAACACAAGAAUUGUCAGAGAAAGCAAGCCAAAGACGUUCGAAAACCUUGACAAUAAUGAUCGCUGUCCUGUCACAGCCUAUCUGGCCUAUAAGCAACAUAGACCACAAGAAAUGAUGGCAGACGACUGUCCGUUUUAUCUUGCUGUCAACACAGAAGUUCCGAAGGCAGGGAAGAAAUGGUUCAAGGCAGCUCCACUGGGAGUAAAUUCACUUAGAUCUAUGGUGAAAAACAUGUUAGCGGGCUCCCAAGUUCAUUCAGACAAGAAUUGGUCAACCACAGCACAAGAAAGCAUCUAGUCCAGAAACUUGUGGAACCGAACGAAUUUGUGCAAAUAACUGGACACAAAAACGUCAAUUCACUAAAUAGCUACUCCGCUAUAUCUGACAGAAGACAGCAGCACAUCUCUACAGUAUUAUCCAGGAGAAGGGAGUCUUCUACUUCUGUUGCUACUUCGUCUUCGCCAAAAGUAACAGUAGAUGAAAUUACAUCGGUAUCUACAGUUCAACUCAGCACAAGUGCAGGAACUUUGCCCUUUCUUUACCAGUGCCAGAUAGGAACAGUGAACAUUUUCACAAAUUCGCAGAAUCCAAAAGGCAGCGAUUUUGAGAAAAUACAUCAGUUUAAAAGACGGAGAAUUGUUAUGGAUAGUAGCGAUGAAAGCCAAUAAACCGUUCUUUGGCCUUUUUUCAUGCUUUUUUUCAUAUUUCGUACACAUCUAUUGAAAACGUUUUUGCCGCCUUAUGACUAAGAUUCGGUAAAUUAUUACUGUUAUGAUUUAACCAUAAUUUCAAAGCUUUGCUUAUAUUUUGUCAUCGUAGAGCCCUAUUCAGCUCAGUGUUAUUUCUCUAGAUUAUUGUAAAAGAUGUGUUCUAUUGCUUAAGUACUGUAAAUUUGAGCUGUCGCAAUUACUUUUUGGCGAAUAAAAAUCUAUUAUUUUAUCGAUGUCAAUAUUUUACUUACUCGCUGCGCUCGUUCGUAAAAUAUUGUUUUGCCACUCGAAAAUAAAAUUCAUAUCUUCGCGCCACCGUGUAAUAUCCUCUCUAUAUAUAAACUCUUGGAGAGUUUGCCAGUCACGAGUUUACAAAUCUUUGGUUGGAAAGACACUCUUUCUCUCUCUUUGACUGGAGCUCAACCCCAAACAAGAAAGACGAGUGAAUCAACGGCUAGCUUAUCAUUAGAAGAACGAUGGACGAUUACAGAAAUUCGCCGACAAUCAAAUUCUGUGCUGACUUAUUCCCUGCUCACAGAUGUCCUUCCGCUAUAAAGUUUAAAAUAAGACUAGAAUGCGCGAGCGUGAAUUGAUCAAAGAUCCUUUUAAUUUCUAAGGCUUACUUUCCGGCAAAUAAAAUGAACUGUAUGAAAAAGUGAAAGAGAAAUAGCGAAAAAUUCAACUUCUAAAUUAAAUCUUUUCUUAUGGUUUAGCAUAGACUAUUCUCGAAACUAAGAAUGUGUUGAUCAAAGCUGUGUAAAUCGAACUGAAACUGUACAUAUAACCUUGCGUUUCCUGUAUUUAUCUACCCUGUUGUAUGGAAUAUGCGUGAAAAUCUUUAUUCCGGGCGUAGCGACUUUAUAAUCUUGUCGCGCGCGAAGCGCGCACGCAGUCUGCUAACCGCGCGUGGUCUUAGUCAGCUGCGAAAUUCGAGCCUUCAUAAAUAAAUCUUUCUUUCUCUGAAUAUAUGCUUGGUGUCCGCCAAUGACGCCAUGGAGCAUUUUGCGUUUCCAGGCAACAUAGACUUCGCCGCCGAUGAAAGUUUACCAUCGGGGACUCACGAACAAUUUCCCAUGCAAAUGACACACAAGCACAACAAGUGGAUCCAAGUCCUCGACCAGGAAGAUUUUCCACCUAAACUCCUCUGGAGCGAGAACGCCGACUUCAAAUUCAGCGUGAACAACGAAGGAGAAGACGUCAACAAGAAACCGCGGAGCAGAAGGAACAUCGCUUAGCACAGCGAAGGCAACGCCGACAAGAAGAGACAGAUGAACAGGAGAUUGGAAUCAGAGGCAUUAUGAUCGUUCGCUGUCGAAAACCCAUCCCCACCGAUAUAUGUAGAUCAAAGUCUGCAAAGUUUCAGCUCUGUAUUACGACCCGAAGAAUAAUAAUUUUCAGGCGAACUGCACCGGGCCAUAUUUGUUCUUUGUUUCUGUCUUUUCCUAAACCCGGACGCCGAAAUAAUGCUAAAUCAAUACACUGUUAACAAAAAGAAGAAGAAGAAAAGAGAGAAGAACGCAUGGACCAUUAAGACGAUAUUCGCGGUUGGUCACCCAUCCAGUUCUUAACCCCGACCGACAGGGCUAUACUUGAGUGCCGUUGCCAAACCGAGUUUCGCGAGGGUUAUUGCGAGAUACGUAUUUCUAGUUAUGAAUCGGUAUAUUUCAAAGAGCUACACAACGACCAAGAAUGCUAUUGACCGAGCGGGAGCAGCUGUAGUGUCAACUAUUACUAGUUAUAAGAAAUCUACAAAGGCAACGCUCGAUGACCAAAAGAGUGUUCGACAGAAGAAUCAGAGUGUGAUACAAAUGAGAGUGAAAAAUUAGUUAUGCAUUGGUGCGGGCGGCCCACGGAAUGCCAGAAAACGUGCAUUUGCAGAUAGAAAUUUGUUCACGGCAAAUGUGAUGCAGAAAAGUGCAAACUGUAUAUAAAUGCCCAAAUGUCUACUAAUUUACACGGAGUUGUAAUCUAGGAGGCACGUGUGGCAUUUGCAGUCUUUACCGCUGAACAACUAUUGUUUCCUAUAAUUGGCGGGAAAAAAGUAUCAGCAACCUAAUACAAUGCUGUUUUUCCCUUUUCUCGCAGCCCCAAUCAUCUCGUUUUUAAUACUAUUCAUUUAAUCUUUAGCUAAUACGGAAACAAAAAGCUGCCCUGCCCAGAGGCCACACCGUUGUCCGCAAAACUCAGAAUGUGCGAAUGAGCCUGGUUCAUUCCGUUGCGACUGCAAAAAUGGGUUUGUAAAAGAUGGAGCUGCAUGUAUUGGUAAGCUUGUUGAUUUAAAGUCAAACUGCACUAGUUUUGCUAUAAUAUUAGUACCUUGUAUGAUUAUAUUUAACCGUUCUCGAUCGAUAAGGCUUUCCUCUAUUUCUCACCAGAUAUUGAUGAAUGUCAGUCCAAUGAACUGCAAUGGUGUACGCAUAAAUCAAAUUUGGAAUGCAUCAAUACACCUGGAUCAUUUCGCUGUGAGUGCAUUCAUGGAUUUGCUCGUCAUGGUAAACCUUGGCGGUGCAAAGGUCAGUAAAACAGCAAUCAUUUUUCACAUAUUAUAUUUGCAGAGAAAUGACUUCCCCCCCCCACCCCCCUUUCCAACGCUCCAACCAGAGACACACAAGGCAAACCAAUAUGGGAUAACUUUAUGACUAUAGUUUGCUAUAGUUUGUAAGAAAACUUUAUGACUACCAUUAGUAAGAAUGUUCACGUAUUGGCAACCACAAGAAAGUUAAAGUUCUACCUCAGUGCAUCUCCUUUGAUUAAGGGGUCAGAAUAUAGAUCCUUUUAGUGAAAAAUUACGGUCGGUCAGGCCUUUUUUUGAAUCAGUGCUCUAAUGUUCUAUUGAACAUUAGAACAUGAUAAUGAGCCGGAACGUAAAAGUGGAAAUCAACGUUUAAAGAAAAGAUAAUGAAGUUGCAUGUUUAUUUGAUAUUAGGAGCUUAUUAUAAUUAAAAAUUAAGGCUGGAAUUCAAAGACUGUAUUCUGUCAAGAGGAAAUGUUUUUCGUUCAUUUUUCGGGAAAUAAACAAAAUGACUCUGAACAACAGAGCAUUGUUGAUGUUUGAAUAUUUGAUAAAGUAGUAGAUUCAAUAACACUUGCCGCCAUUAACUUCACAUAAAAGAGUGACAGGACUGCAUAACGCGACUUGCUUUUGUUAGAAUGCCAAGAUGCGCUGGGAAUGGAAAACCAUACUAUCUCUGAUGCAAGAAUAAGUGCUUCUUCAGAAAGGACUGUCUCAUAUCGCGCCUUUCAAGGGAGACUGCACUUGAAAAAUGAUGGAGAUAUAAGAGGUUCUUGGGCAUCUGCUAGAGACGAUAAGGAUCAGUGGCUUCAGGUUGAUCUAGGCAAUCCAAACACCACAGUGACUGGUGUGGCAACACAAGGGAGAGAUAACUAUGACUGGUGGGUUAUCAAAUACAAGCUACAGUAUAGUAAACUAUCAACCUCAAUGGAAUUACAUGAAUACAAAGAAGAAGACGAAGACCAAAGCAAGGUAGUACAUUGCUGAUAUCAUUCUGAUGAGAUAAUUCGGGUUCAUGAUUUUAUCUCAGUCUGCGGCUAGAAUACGAUGUAGGAAACAGAAACUAGGCUAGGGUAUUUUCUAUAUAUGCAGAAAAGCGUAUGUUAGCAGAUCGUACAGUACUUUGUACAUCCGUCAAUCAGAAGCUUAAUAAAAAUAGUAAUCCGUGCAAAAAUACUCGUCAAUACCAUUUCCUACUUCCCUAAAAUAAAUUAAAAUCUUCUGCUAAAAAUUGUGUCCAUGCAUCAGCCCCAAAAGCUGGGUGUUGUCUUGUAUAGCCUUGCUACUACUAGUUAAGAUGAGUCCUCUUCUCGGUUAAAACACCAGAUUCCCCAAAGAAUAAGAAAUAGAACUUGGGCAAAUUUGGUCGAUUUUAUCACUUGACGAAAAUAGAAACACAUGUUCACAGAGACACGUGUCAAUUGAUUGGGAUAAAUUGAAAUCUGGGCCAUUUUGUCCCUUGCUGAAUGACGUACAAAUCGAACACAAAAUGGUGCUAAAAUUCCCUUUCUGCAAGAGAAAUUCGAUCUCUCUACAUACAAUAGAGAGAUUUAGAGACACGUCUUAAAACGGCAAACGUGAAUUUGUACCAUGUAACCAAGUUUUCCCUUUACUUGUCUUUAACUGUUUUUUUACUUCUACAAAAUAUUACUAGUUUCACGAUAUUUUCAUCCACAAGAGUUGUUUUAGGCUAUUUUUAUCUGCCUAUUUUCUAUUUUGAGAAAUUCUCAACUUGAGUCUGCCGUUUGUCAUUUGCCGUAAACGUUAUUCUAAAUCUAUGUAAAUCAGACAAAGAGACGUGCCCACGCAUUACUCGUCCCAGUGAGCCUAAUGAACAGCCAGAGAAAAGUUUAUGGAGUCAAUACUGCAUGACAGAAAUGAAACUGAGCACGAUCACUUUCAGCAAGCUACUCCACCUAACUCACUGUUCUCGAGUGGAUUUUAAAGUUAAGAAAACAAGUUGCCAAGACUCAUGUUUGGAGGAACGAGGGGAGGUAGGCUAAAAUGUUUUAACUCAAAACACUUGCCUACCUAACCAUAUCGCUUAAUUUUCAGGAAUUUGAUGGAAACAGAGACAGUGACACCGUUGUUCGUCAUAACCUAACAAAACCAAUUACGGCUAGUAUCAUACGUUUUCAGCCGACGGAAUGGCACACUCACAUAUCAAUGAGAGUUGAACUGUAUGGCUGUUUUACCGGUAAUGUA